UAAUUCGCGGUCAACAGGAUGAUGUACUUCUGCAGAGACAAUGUAGACCAUUGAAAAUACAUUCUGCGCAGUAUUACUUCUUACAUUUAAAUUAAUAAAUGCUGAAUGCCAAUAAGAAAUUUCAGAUUCCAGACUCUAUGCUGAAUAACGCUCUGUAAAGUUGGAGAUGUUAGUGGAAAUACUUUCUGAAUUUUAAAGACGUCGCAGGCAGGAUUAAUUUUGUUGAAAUUAUCAGUUAACACUUCCAUAGUAGUAACAGCAAAACAUCUCCAUUUUUCAUUUACUAGCAGUAUAAACAUUUGCUCAAUAUUCAGAAUGUAUCUUCAGAGCAUUGUUGAUUAAAAUACACAGUUUUAUUCUCUUUUAGAUAAAUUUUAACGACCAUUUAUACAGAGAGCAUCAAAGUUAUUUCGUUAGAAUGAAAACAGAACCAAUUUUAUCUAAACUUCCAAAAAAUAACCAAACCGAUAAUUAGGAUGACAUUUCUAUGGCUGGUGGUGACAGAUAUUCUGAGCCUACGAUCGUACUGAAUCCAGGUGACCCUGGGCCAUUGGAAGUGAAUUUCGGUGAAGUGCUUUAUUCUCGCUGCUCAGUUCUCGACAAUGAAAAGUAUUCAUACAGAUGGAUUCAACGUGCACCGGAUGGAACUGUAAAAGAAAUAUCAUCUGAUGCCCGUCUGUACAUUACAAACUUUGGAGCUGAACACUUACAAUAUCCGAUUCGAUGUGAAGUAACACGGUUAUCAGAUGAUGAAGUUUAUGAGAAAGUUUUAAAUCUCCGACUUGUAUCAUCAGGUGGUCUUGAUACUGAUGAUGAAUACAAAGCAUUAAAACUGACUAUCAAACCUUUACCAGAUGAAGAUUUUCGUCGAGGAACCAUUAUGCGACAAUGUCUAUUUGAAAAUGAUCCUGAAGCUAAUCAGUUAUAUGAUUUUCGUUGGAUUGAUCAAAAUGGCCGAGUUGUAACUAGAGAUGAUACACUGUACCUAUUGAUUGAAGAUCCAAGUGAUUUGAGCAAUUAUACAUGUGAAGCAACUAAUCGUCAAACAGGCGUUAUUUAUCAGGCCAAAUAUCGUGUAUCUAUGGAGAAUGGUCAGCAAGCUAUGCAACACAUUGUAAAUAUUCGACCAAUUACCGGUGAGGUAAUUAUUGGUAGACCAUAUGAAAUGGUGUGUGAAGUGGAACCACCACCAGAAGAGCCUGUCAGAUUUUCAUGGUAUCACAAUGGUGAAAUCGUUCAUCGUGAAGCUUUAAUACGCGUGGAUUCAUUAACAUACCGAGAAAUUGGAACUUAUAUAUGUCGAGCUGAGUGGACACCGAGAUAUUCACGUACUGGAAGUAUAGAUGCUAAUGCAACCGUGGAACUAAGCUUAGCAUUAACAAGAGAAACAAAAAUUGAAAUGAGUGCUCCGCCUGGUUCCGUUAUGGUAUCUUUACCAGGAGAAACACGUGAACUUCACUGUGAAUUCCCUGUUGCUAAUCCAAGAGAUGUUAGAUGGUAUUUCGAGAAUCAGUUAUUAGAAAGUCAUCCAACAAUAAAUUCAACCGGAAAAAUUUUCCGCAUAGAUCGCAUGAGAGUUAGCAUUGUGACUAUCAAAGGUAUUGAAAAUGAUCAUGCUGGAACAUAUGAAUGCAGAAUUGGUCGUGAUGUUAAACAAACUCAUUUGGUUGUCAGAACUGAAGAAGGACUAGAAAUCAACCCGAAAUCUGAUACAGUCGAUGAAGGUACUGCUGUUGAAUUUCAUUGUCGUGUGCAUGGACUAGCAGGUGAUGUGAGUCGUCAACUAGAAUGGUAUUACAGACCAUUCAACAGUCCCACACGAGUUCGCCUUGAGCUUAAUCAGCCAGACGGUUUUUCGCGUAAUGAUGAUCCAUUCGCUCAGCAUACUAGUUUUAUUAAUAAAGCGAGAGCACGCGUAUCUGAUCAAGGUGAAUAUAUAUGUCGGUUACCAUCUCAGAAUGAAGAAGUCAUUGGAAAACUUUUUGUUAGAGCUGUUAGAACAUAUAUCUUGACAAUUACCCCUCCAAGACUAACUGUUCGACCGUACCAACCUAUAGAAUUUGAAUGUUUUGCUACAUCUGAUGGACAGCCAGCUCCAUUUACACCACGCUUCCAAGUUAGAGACUCUAGAGUUUACUAUGAAACAAUUCGUGUCAGUGAAAAUCGUGUCAGAUUUGUUCUGCAAAGAGGUUUGGGGGCAGAUCAGAAUGGAACAGUAGUUGAAUGUCUUUCAGAGGAACCCAGCAACACUGCGGUCGCCAUAAUUACCGUUGAAGAUAUCUGUCCAGAAGGUUCACGUCGCUGUCGUUCUGGACAGUGUUUACCAUCUGGAAGAUUUUGUGAUGGUGCAAGAGACUGUGAUGAUGGCUCAGAUGAAGAUCCUAAACUUUGCAAUGUGUGUGAUCCAAUUUCAAGAAAGUGUGAAUAUUAUCAAGGAAGAGAACCUAUUAAACCAACAUACAUGGUACACUGGACAUGUGAUGGCGAAAGUGAUUGUGGAAAUGGUUUCGAUGAAGCUAACUGUGAAGCUCGAGCAUCUGAACGAUGUCAAGAUCGUAUGUUUACUUGUUCUCGUGAUAAUCGUCAAAUCCCAAUGGCCUUCGUGUGUGACAAGGAUCGAGACUGUAGUGAUGGUGAAGAUGAACUUACUUGUGCUGCACCAAUGAUAGCUGAGCCGCUUACAACACGUUAUUCUGUUCGCCAAGGUGAUACUGUAGUACUUGUUUGUGAGGUGACUGGUAAUCCCGUGCCAUUCGUCAUUUGGCGUUUCAACUGGGGAUGUCUUCCUGAAGAACCUGGUCGUUUUCGAAUAAGUAAUGUGCCCCGCAAUUGUGAUUCACCUAUGCCAACGGUUGUGAGUACACUGACAAUAACAAAUGUAAGACCAGGGGAUGAUGGAAUCUAUAACUGUGAAGGUCUUUCAGGGGCUACUCGAGCUUUAUCCAAUGAUCUGGUAGUAAUGAUUGGAGGUUAAGGUGAGACGGCUCAGUACUGGCUAAUUUUUCUCUUGCUAACUUUUCACAAUUAGAGAGAUGGAUGGUAUUUAAGUAUGCUUAUGCUGUCUGUGACUACGAUUAAUUCAUAAACACAGGAAUAAAUGAUUCCUUUAAUUACACUAACUUUUAGCAAUUAUUCUCAAGUCUGCUUACUAAAAGUAACCCAAUUAUACAUACAACGAUAUGAUCACAUCACGAUUUCUCUGAAAAGUCAGGCUAUUCUGCCAAAGAAAUUUGAUUCAAGGGACAUGAAGAGCAAUACAUUUUUAUUAUGACAUAACUAAAUGAUUUCAACUACCCAUCCAGAUGUUUAAAAUCGAUUACCACAUCAUUCAAACCCAUUCUCAUGGCUAAUAAGUGGUAAACCAGUUAGUAGUAUUUAAAUAAAGCGUCAACGUGGGGAAAAGUAGGGGAAAUUAAAGCAGCCAAGCACAUGUAUUUGUUCUGAUUUUUCCCAUAUUUCAAAAUGAUAUUUUUGAAGGCUAAUUCAGUUUGAUUAUGUUUUAAAAAUCUGUUACAUUCUAUAAAACAUUUGGACAGUCCAUUAAACUCAGUUUAUGAAAUAAUAGAGAAGAUUUGUAACUCAGGUAGAUGAUUGGCAACCAGCCCAGAGAACACUAAUAAUUGCAAAACUCAGUUUAUUUUGUCAACUGCUAUAAGUAUUGCCUUAGACUUCUUGUGAAGAAUGGAACUGUGAAACUACUAAAACAUUUCAUACUGUUUUAGCUUUUUUUAGGCAGAAGUCAAGAAGAAAUCUUGAAAAAUAAGAUAUAUUUGAAAUUUUCAAAUUGUCACCAAAAAUGUCUAAACUAAAAAUGACAAUUACUGACAAAUAAUCUGUUAACAACUUUACGGUUAUUAACAAAGGACUUUUUUCAGCAAAAAGAAAGGGUUAAUAGAAAAAUCAUUACUGUGGGCAGUAUUUAUUUCGUCGUAGUUUCAUCAAUCUCUGAAUAGAUCUGAUUAUCGAGGUUUAUGCUUGUGGGCAGUUAGAGGUAAGUUGGGUAUGCAAACCCUAGAAAGCCUUCAUUUCAUCACAUACUAACUCCGUGAUCAAAUGCGCUUGCAUUGACAAGUAACUUCCUUGACACUAUGUCAAAUAAAAUGGCGACAUGAACAAAAUUAAUCGACAACAUUUUCCUAAGUUUCACUGAUUGAUUAAAGUUCACCUUACAAUUUCCUAGAUGUUACCAAUGAAAUGACUGAUAAUAAGCAUAAAACAUCUGCAUAUCAAAACCAUUCGGCCUACAUACUGACGUCUUUAUAUACAGAGAGGCACAACAAUUCUGUUCACCUUACCGCCAUCUACAUCAAUAACAUUAUUUAGAGAUUUGUUAAUACACACUUCGCAGUAAUUUAAUCAUUGUUUUCUUUCUUCUUUUUUAUCUGCAUAGAUAGAAGUCUAAUCAGGAAUAU